AUGCCGACGACCGCCGAUAUUACCAACUCCUCCCCCGACAAGGAUCGCCCGUCCAUUGAGGGAGAUUGCUGCAGUCGCCUUAAUUAUUGCGGUCGGAACGGCUCCUACUGCGGCGACGGCUGCCAAUCCGACUUUGGCGUCUGCGGCGACUCGAACAUCUCGUCCGACGGCUCUUGCGGUGGCUCCCGCGGUCUGACAUGUCGCGGAUCUGCUGAAGGAAACUGUUGCAGCGCCAGAGGGUUUUGCGGUCAAACUACCGAUUAUUGCGGUGACGGUUGCCAGGCCGAGUUCGGGGAUUGCUACAAGAGUAACUCGACCAGUUCUCGAGGGUCGUCGUCGACGAGUGGGACUCAGACACCAUCCUCAUCUUCAGAUUCCGAGGAGCCUUCUUCGACACAGGAGGAACAGCAAGGUGCCAGCGAAGAAGAUGAUGGAAGCGAUGAUAAAAAAGCGUUGAAAAUCGGGCUGGGUGUUGGAAUUCCAGUGGGUGUGCUCGCCAUCGUUGGACUUGCCGCUUUCCUUUUCCUUCGAAAACGUCGGCAGAGCGGCAGUCAGGGUGAUGACGAGACGGAAGAUGCAGAGAAAAAGCCGGUAUCUCCCAGCCAUGAACUCGACGCACCCCAGAAGCCUGUCGAGCUGGUGGGCAACACACAGACCGCAGUUGAAUUGCCAGCGGAUAACUAUCGGAGAUGA